AUGGAGGCGCUAUCAGCCUGUGACUUCUACAGUUUCAGUGAGAAUCACUGUCCUCCUCAACAGUUGGAAGAAAGAGCUUCAGGAAGCGUUUAUGACAUCAUUGCAUUCAGAUUCUUCUGGCCAGAACUCUGUUACAAGGCUUCAGCUAACGGUUUCCUUAAUCUCUUAACCUAUUUCCUGGCUGCUGGGGCUGUUAGUCUGGGAAUCGGAUUCUUUGCUUUGGCAUCUGCUUUGUGGUUCCUGAUUUACAAACGAAGAGAAUUGUUACAAAGUCCCAAAUUUAAAUUAAUCGAUGAAACGCUGAAGCAAGGACUAUCCAAACCGAAGUUUAACUCUCAUUCUCAGUGCGUUUUCAUUUCCCGAAACUUCCAUGCUGGCCUCUCCCAAACACAGGUGGAGCAAAGAGAAAGGGACGAAGCACAGACAGAAGGUGAAGGUCACCCUAGGAAUGAGCUCUGCCUUCUGGAUCUUGUCAGCUAUGAGUCCCCCGAGAUGACCUCAAUAGCAAACAGCAGCAGUAUGACACUGAGCUUUUCAACCUCCGUCUCCAGCUCCUACUACAGCCAAAGCUUGGAAGCCGCUGAUGAAUGGUUCUCUGAUGACUCUCUAGAAGCCAAAAAACCCCCAAAGCCUCUAAUUGGGGAGCCUCUGGCAGAAAAGGUGCUUGCGUACCUGUCAACCAUUUCAAUAGAAGAAUGGCCUGGAAACACAAUGAACAUGAUGUUCUGUAGCGAUCAAAAAGAUGACAGCAGUAAGGAACACUUCUUACAAAGAAACACAGAGAUUGGCAAACUCAACCUUCAAUGUGAUAUUGAAUGA